AUGACUGACUUCGAGCCUAACGGCCAGCACCACGUUAACACCCCUCUCCCUCUCCCCCCCCCCCGCCCAGACAACCCCCACCUGCUGCAGCCCUCGGCCCCGCCCGACCUGACGGCCUCUGCCGGCACCUUCCGCGGGCCCCUGUUCUCCAUGCAGCAGGCGGCGCACGACAGCCCCCACAAGAUCCCCAUGACCAUGUCCCCGCUGCUGGACCCCCUGCCCAACCUGAAGAUCAAGGUGUACAACUCGUCCACGCUGUCGUCCGCCACGGAGCCGCCCGGCGACGCGCGCUCGCUCACCGACGGCGACAUCCUCCGCCUCAAGUGCACGGGCACCCUGGCCCGGGACCGGGACCCCCACGCCGGCCACACCCUGUCCCGGGAGCCCGGCCUGAGCACCAGCGCCACCCUGGGCCACCUGGGGGGACGGCUCACCAUACCCAACACAGGUGUGAGUCUGCUGGUGCCCUCUGGCACUAUUCCCCAGGGGAAGUUUUAUGAGAUGUACCUCAUUAUCAAUAAGUGGGAAAAAACGACGCUUCCCUCGGAGGGCAGCCAGACGGUCCUGACCCCCGUGGUGAGCUGUGGGCCGACCGGCAUGCUGCUCAACAGGCCGGUGGUACUCACCCUGCCCCACUGUGCCCAGCUGGACACCCCUACGCCGGACUGGACCCUCACGCUCAAGACGCAGACCCACCAGGGGGCCUGGGAGGAGGUGCUGACGGUGGGGGAGGAGACGCUGUCCUCGCCCUGCUACCUGCAGCUGGAGGAGGAGAGCUGCCACGUGCUCAUGGAGCAGCUGGGAACCUACGGCCUGGUGGGCCAGUCCUGCCCGCCCCAGCCCGCCUGCAAGCGGCUGCAGCUGGCCCUGUUCGGCCCCCGCGCCCCCUGCCUCUCCCUGGACUACACGCUGCGGAUCUACUGCAUCCACGACACGGCCCACGCGCUCAAGGAGGUGAUGGACCUGGAGAGGAGCCUAGGGGGAGUCCUGCUGGAGGAGCCCAAGCCCCUGCUCUUCAAAGACAGCUACCACAACCUGCGUCUCUCCGUCCACGACGUCCCCCACGGCCACUGGAGGAGCAAACUGCUGGCCAAAUACCAGGAGAUCCCCUUCUACCACAUCUGGAGCGGCAGCCAGCGGCCGCUGCACUGCGCCUUCAGCCUGGAGCGCGGCAGCCUCGCCGUGUCCCAGCUCACCUGCAAGAUCUGCGUGCGUCAGGUGGAGGGGGAGGGGCAGAUCUUUCAGCUGCACACCGACAUCCAAGAGACCCUGCCGCCUCACUCUCCCAUCCCCUCGGGAGGCUGCUGUCUGCCCUCCUCCCAAGUGGGACCGUAUGCCUUCCGCCUACCUGCCUCCAUCCGUCAGAAGAUCUGCACCAGCCUGGACGCCCCCAGCGCUCGUGGCUGUGACUGGAGACUGCUAGCACACAGCCUGGGCUUUGACAGGUACCUGAACUACUUCGCAACAAAGCCCAGCCCCACAGGUGUUCUGCUGGACUUAUGGGAAGCUUGUCACCAAGGUGACGCAGACCUCGUCUCGCUUGCGGGCGCACUGGAGGAGAUGGGCAAAAGUGAGGUGCUGGUUGUCAUGACAACAGAGGUGGAUUGCUGAUUGGUCAGGAGAGAGAUUUAUAUAUAUAUAUAUAUAUAUAUAUAUAUAUAUAUAUAUAUACACACAAACAUACAUAUAUAUUUUUCUUUGCCACAAUAAUGAAAAUGGUAGACGACCUGCCUCUGAAUAAGCACAUCCCUGCACAACUUAUCAAAGGACAAAUCAAUUUGGUUCCAGGAUACCUAAGACCUCUGCCUCAUCUCCCUCUCUCUGUGUCUCCCAAUCACUCACUUUCGAUAUGUUUACACCGUCCCCCCAUUCCCACGCUAGCCGUCCACUGAUGGAUCAGAACCAGUUUGAGCUUUGCAAGAAGUAUAUCGAGAGACAUUGCAUAUUGAAAGAAAACCAAUAUGAAGAUAUGGUCGCCUGAGAUAGGUGUCCAUAUAUGUCUCUCAAGCACUGUCAAUCAUGUUCUUACAGAAUUAACAUGCUCUGCCGUCAUCUGUGUAUGCAUAUAAAUAUAUAUAGAAUUGCUAGGAAGCACAAGACGAAAAUCCAAGUAUUGAUUGAAUCAAAACAUGUUAUUACAUGCACACACACACACUUCCUCGUGCACACAAACACACACACACACACACACACACACAUAAUCAAACGCUAUCUCAUACCCAUACUCUGGAAGCAGCAUGAAAGUGCAUGAUUAAACACCUAUUGGCAGGGGCUUUUGAUUUGCAGCAGCCAUGCAAUGUCUUCAUGUUCUCAUUUUCCAGCUUUGUAUUAAAGAGUGAGAGGGGAGGGGGAGGGGGAGGGAGAGGGGGAGGGGGAGGGAGAGGGAGGCUGUGCUGAGUUGGAUCGACCCUGCUCAUGGUACAUACACCACCAGACAGCAACACAGAAAAACUGGUCGUACAGAGACUGACUCUGAGCAAACAACAUCAAGGAGAGACUUGUGUUGGGUGGUAGUGGUUAUGAUUUGGGCUGCAUUAAUAAAGGGGCAUCUUUCCAUGAUGUAGGAGGUCGGAUUGAAACAUUAGUUUCAAGAUGGGCUGGUGGUUUUAUGUUGUAUCGGCUAACGUCUCAGAGCUUUGGCACAGAAUACCGCGAUAACAUUUUUGUUUGUCUCUCCGAUGUCUAUCUCUUGCUACCCUCCAUUGCUCUGCCACAUUCCUCCCAAUCGGUCAUGAACAAAAACCCUUUCAAAGUGAAGGAACGCUCCUUUCUAAGUUAUUAUCCAUAUUCGUGGAUUGGUCUUUCCCCUCGUUUCUCCAUGGCCUUGCAGCGAUUGCUCUGGUCGUUAAGAGUAUCCCUGCACAGCUCUUAGCAUCGUCCUGCUGUUUAAUCAUGGAGUAGCCAUCUUUGGCACACAGUGGCUUUCGGAGUUGCAAAUCUUUUUUCUUUUCAAAACAGUAUAUUUAUUGAAGAUGUUAAUUGUAUUUGAAAACAUGAGAGGGGGUAUACAUGUCCAGGUAGAUAUACUGUAAGCUAUAUUUUGUAUACACUUUGCUUCGCUGUAUUUGAAGCAAUUCUCUAUUGGUUUUAACGGAUAAUGUUGUUAAACAAUGGAUUACAAUUGCCUUGUAUCAACUAGCUAUGGACCAGGAACUAUACCUCAAGACCAUUUUAAUUAUUUUCUACCACCCAUCUUUGUAUGCGUUUCUCAAGUUAUACCCCCUUUUAUUUCUAUAUGUAUCUGCUUCUUUUAUUUGAGAUUGCUUCGCUUUUUACUAAAAACCACCUGCUUUUUGCUCAGGGUCCUCAAGCUAUUUGCAUUAAUGCUUAUAUUCAAAUGCUGUCAUCAUUAUCAUCAUUUUCUCCCCCAGAAUUGCUAUUUUUUAUUUUCCUUUGAAGCAAAAAAAAAAGUGUUAAAAUCUCCCUACCCGAAAAACCAAAACACAGGCAGUAUCCCUCCUCUAUAACAGUGAGUCACUUCACUGUUUUGUGUGAAUGAACUAAAAAUAAGCGUGUGAGUGUUCUUGUGUGUGCGUGUGUACAAACAGGCACAUGCAGACACAAGUGUGUUGGCUUUGACUUGUCAAUUCUCUUUGUAAGUGCUAUGCAAGUACAAAAGAACAGUGAAGCAUUUUCUUUCUUUUGUUCCCUGAAAGAAUAAAUAUAUUUUUUCAGAUCAGGACACUGACAGGGUUUUCUGAUUGAUUUGUAGCAUUGAGUGGCUUAAAACGACAGUGUAACAAAAAAGAGAAAGGACAACACUUGUCGUCUCUUUGGAGACUCUCCGACUGCCUCUGAAGGAAUGAACCACUAACCGAGGCAACCACAGACGUGAUGGAAGUACGACAACUACGGCUGAUGGAAUGGCCACAAACAUCACGAACAAACGCCUCCCUGAGGAGACCCCAGUAAAGUGGCUCGCAAGGUACCUUGAAGCCACGGACUGCCAUCUCCAAAGCCCCAAAUGUGGUGCAAAAGACUGGCCUACUGUAAUCGUCAGUGUUUAUUUGUUGUUGAGUUCUUGAGUACACAUUGGAUCUGUGGUCACAGCAUCGGGAGAGAUGAUCCGGGGGUUGAAUCGAUUUGCAAUUUGCUCUCGCCUAAAUGGAAAGAUGUGCAUUUGUUCUUAAAGUCAGUCCACAAUGUUUUUACAAAACACAAACAUAAAAUGACAGGUUUCUGUUCAAAUGUUUUCUCCCUGUAAAAACAAACAAUUGUAAAUAUAUGUCUAGCCUUCUUACCUGUAUCUAAAUACAAUUUGUAUGCAAUAAAUUAUAUUUCUUAGUUUAACAA